GGGGAAUCCCAAGCGGAAGGGUCUCCUCGCUCUCCUAUCUCCCAUCCAUCAGCUGCGGCAGGCGGCGAUGGGGGCGCGGAGGAGGCUGCUGGCGGACACGCCGCCGGAGCAUCGCCACAGGCAGGGCGCGCCGGCGUCGGACUGGAGCGCGGGGUACCUCAACGGGUGGCUGUCGCAGCCGACGCCGAUCUUCGGCCUCCGCCUCUGGGUUCUCGUCGGCAUCGCCGUCGGCGCCGCCAUCGUGCUCGUGCUCCUCCUCAUCUUCGUCUGCCUCUCCCACCGCCGCCGCCGCCGCGGCGACCUGCUCGCCGCCAAUCUCUACCCCGCCGGCGACACCAAGCUUCUCAAGCAGCACCUCCAGCACCAGGCCACGCCCACCAAGGACAUCCAGGAGAUUGUCCGCCGCCAGCAGGCGGAGACGCCGCCUCCGCCGGCGGUGCAGCUCGCCAAGGCCGUGGCGGAGCCGAAGACGCCUCCUCCGCCGCCGCCGCCGCAGCACAGGCAGCCGGCGCGGAAGACGCCCGGCAGCGGCGGGAGCGAACGGGACGGGGCCACGCCUAGGAGCACGGGAAGCGCGGGGAUGCCGGAGGUUUCGCAUCUCGGGUGGGGCCACUGGUUCACGCUCCGUGAGCUGGAGGAGGCCACCGACGGCCUCACCGAGGAGAAUGUCAUCGGGGAGGGUGGCUACGGGAUCGUGUACAAGGGCACGCUGCACGACUCCACUUUGAUCGCCGUCAAGAAUCUCCUCAAUAAUAGGGGCCAGGCCGAGAAGGAGUUCAAGGUGGAGGUCGAAGCAAUUGGUCGUGUUCGGCACAAAAAUCUCGUCAGGUUGCUUGGUUACUGCGUAGAAGGUGCUUACAGGAUGCUUGUGUACGAGUAUGUGGACAAUGGUAAUCUUGACCAGUGGCUUCAUGGUGAUGUUGGAGAAGUAAGCCCACUAACAUGGGACGUCAGGAUGAACAUUAUGCUUGGAACCGCCAAAGGGUUGGCUUAUCUUCACGAGGGGCUGGAACCGAAGGUUGUUCACCGUGACAUCAAAGCUAGCAACAUUCUUCUUGACCAGCAGUGGAACGCUAGAGUAUCCGAUUUUGGGCUUGCAAAGCUAUUGUGGUCAGAGAAAAGCUAUGUUACAACCCGUGUUAUGGGAACAUUUGGGUACGUGGCGCCUGAAUAUGCCAGCACCGGAAUGCUGAACGAGAGGAGUGAUGUAUAUAGCUUUGGCGUACUCAUAAUGGAGAUCAUCACUGGUAGAUCUCCUGUAGACUACACAAGAGCAGCUGGAGAGGUCAACUUGGUUGAGUGGCUCAAGACCAUGGUUGCCGAGAGGAAAGCGGAGGAAGUUCUGGACCCAAAGAUGGCUGAAAAGCCUUCUCCCAAAACGCUGAAACGGGCGCUCCUGGUCGCGCUUCGCUGUGUCGACCCUGAUGCGAACAAGAGGCCUAAAAUGGGGCAUGUGAUUCACAUGCUCGAGAUGGACGAUCUCCUCUUCCGAGAUGAUAAGAAGCCCGGGAGAGACGUUCAUCCUCACGGUUCAGACAGAUACAGCUCCAAGGAGGAAGGGAGCAUCAGCAAGCGCGAGCACCACCACCACCACCACCAUCGGCACAGAUGAUACACAGCAAGCGCGAGCAUAUGAGGAUUGCCAUUAGAGAGUAGCGACAUUAACCAUGUUCCCCACUUCUUUCCCCUCCCGUUCAAUCUCACUGGUCUUUGAUUGUAUUAUAUGUGAGCAUCCAUCAUUCUGUGACGAUACUUGAUACUUGAAUCGCACACACAGACACAAUGACACGCGAGUGUAGGGGAAAAGAUAGGCAUGAUGUUGUGACUGACUAACAUGCCCAGGCCAGGCCAAAACCCUGCAGAUUUUCAAUGCAAGGAAUCCAGCAAACGCGAGUAUAGU